UGUUUAAUUAAGAAAAAAAAACAGUCAACAAUAUUUUUCUGCUGGUUUUCGUUAAAUAGAUUUUUUUUGCCGGAUCCAUAAUGAAAUAGGCCAUUUUGGAUGUUUGAACGAAUUACAUUGUAUUGUAGCUGUUAAGGACAAAACUGAUUCAUAACAACCUAUGAUGCCAAAACGCUCACUCAAAACAAGGUUCUUACAACUUCGUGUAAUCACAGUAUUAUUUGCACUGCUAUUUCUCCAUGCAGUAAUAACCUUCUUUUCAUCAUAUGGCAUAUACAACUAUUCACAUUUACCUGCCGAUGUUAUAGAGACCCAGUUAUAUAAACGAACAGUACCGAAUCUCAGACUUGAUGGCUCAAAACCUAAAUGCAAUUAUGUUGAAGUUCUACAAAGUACUGCAACGGUUAAUAAUUGGGAGGUACAAGAUAAGCUUGAUGAUUUCUCAGCAAUUGGCGUAGAGAAUGGGGCCUACAUCCCUGAAGAAUGUAACCCUCAAUUCAGUGUUGCCAUAAUAGUGCCUUAUAGGAAAAGACAGCAACAAUUGGAUAUAUUUCUGCAAUACAUCCAUAAGUUUAUGAGGAAACAGAACAUACACUACAGAAUAUAUCUAGUUGAGCAGCAAAACGAGGGUCCCUUCAACAGAGGCUUUCUACUCAACGUUGGAGCGAGGGCCGCAAUCAGAGACAAGUUUCCCUGCCUCAUACUACAUGAUGUGGACUUGUUACCUCUUGACGAGAGCAACCUGUAUGCCUGUGCCAAUGAACCUCGUCACCUCAGCGCUAGUAUCGACAAAUUCCGCUUUGUACUUCCUUACAAGACCAUAGUUGGGGGGGUGUUAGCGAUCACAGCAGACCAAUUUGUGGCUGUGAAUGGAUUCUCCAACAGAUUUGACGGAUGGGGUGGAGAGGAUGACGAUUUUUCUUGGAGACUUAGUUCGCAUAAAUUGGAGGUGGUCAGGUUUCCUCGAGAGAUGUCCCGCUACACAAUGUUGAGGCAUCGCCAGGAGGAUCGAAAUCCAAAACGUGAACGCAUCAUGAAGGAGAAUCGCCAACGAGGUAAUACUGAUGGCCUGAGCACCCUCCCUUUCUCAGUCGGGACAGUUAGUACUCAUCGCCUUUACACGCUUGUGGCUGUAAGCUAAAAGCGAUCUUAUCACUUUAGAAUUAUGGUUUAAGUUACUUUGUAAAUAUAUUUUAAUACUCUUUUUUAA